AUGGAUUCUAUGCCCAAUGAAAUCCUGACUCACAUCUUCUCGAAUCUCGAGUCGAAGAUUCCCUCCCACGACAGCUGGGAGAAGCCACACCUGCCAAGAGACAACUCUGGCCCACCCAAUGAUCUUCUUUCAGUCUCACUUGUGUGCCGCAAGUUCCGCGAUGCCGCGCGCCCCUUGAUGUAUAGAACAGUUUCCAUCACCAGCGAGACAGUCACAAGAAUUAGCCCGCAGACGGUUGUUAGAACCAACCGGCCGCGUGACUAUGGUAAACUCAUGGACGCGUUCUUGAGAAGUCUGUUUGCCGAACCUCGACUCGGUCUAAAUAUCCGCCAUUUGCGUAUCGAUUCCUGGGAAACCAACAUGAACAUAGACGGAAUGGUGCGUGAGCUUGUUGAGUCCAACAAAGACAUUAGCGACGGACAGAAGAAGCUGCUCAAAGGUUGGCUGACCUUUCCCACUCUUCACCUUGAGGAUGGUGUUGUCCUGAUCACGCUCAUCCUUUCCCCCAAGCUCCAAUCUGUGGACUUGCGUACCUACACCAAUGAUCAGUGUUUUACCGAAUACCUUAGUGGCAUCAGGAAGAUCGAAAACUCUGUCUUCCAGCCACGCGACUCAGAUCCUUUUGUCGAUGACAUGAGUGAACUAAACAUCAACGACCCUGAACCUGAUUCUGGAAAUCAAGCAAUCAACACCAGCGAUUACACACUGGCCGCUUCAUCAGAAUCGCAAGAAGAGGAUGCCGAGAGCAUGCUCGCUGAUCUCAAAGAGAUCCGACGCAGAUACGUCAGCACCAGGGCUUGCGCAGCCAUCUCUAAGCUUCAAGAUGUGCUAUACAACCCCAAGCUUGAAACUCUUCGCUUGCAUGGCUUCAUGUGGACCAAUACAGAGAUCAAUCAAAAGGCCAGAUCCAGUGAGAUAUCUUGCAAUCUCAAACGUCUACAGCUCGAAAGUUGUCUUGUUGAUGACAAAGCCUUGGAGAACAUUCUGUCCCGUUGCGAAGAACUCCACUAUCUUUCGAUUACCCUUCCCGACCUCCGCAGGGUAGGCUUCAUGGGACUGAACCCUAAUGUGAGCCUGAAGGAGAUGGGAAAUGUCCUUAGAACCUAUGGGAAAAAGCUUGAAACCUUUGAGCUUGAUACCUAUGACUACAGCUACUUCUACCAAGCCAAACGACCCAUCGGCUCGCUUCAUACGUUGGAAUCGCUGCGCCAUCUCAAGAUCAGCGCAGGAGACAUUCUAAAACUCAGGGACGCCACCGUUGAAGGGGACGGCACUGUUGACGAGGAAGAGGAUGAGGACAGAGACGUCUUCUCGGCGCCCUUGAAAGACAAUCUACCUCUGGGCCUGGAGUCACUUUACAUCGUACGCACCUCACGUAAAGUCGAAAUGAGAGACAGCCAGCUGUUGGAGGCGGUUCGCGACAUCCUCCGAUACAAACCCUUCACUGCACUGCGAAAAGUCGAAGUGGAGAUUUACGGCUGGUUGAUCAAGGACUUCUCCACACCUGGAUGGGUUGCGAAGUCAAGGGUCGGUCGGCUUUAUUCGGAUUUCUACAAUUGGUCAGAGUCUGAAAGAAGUGUCCCGCAGGAAGUGACCAUCAUGGUCUUUGACCGGUGUGAGGGAACCACCAGACACAGCUCCGGCAAUUAG